AACUCAAAAAUCAUGCACCAGAAUCCAUAAUCUAUGGGUGAGGAGAAUGGUUUUAUUUGCAUUCCAUCAGGACUUCGUUGAAAAAUGUGUAAAAGUUUUUGUUGACCUUUUAGAUUCAGAGAGAAGCUUUCCAGAUUAUGUGGUGCAGAGCUAAUGACAGUAAACUGUGCAUGGUUAUAUUACAAGUUAGAAUCUCUCUCUCUCCCUCUCUCUCGAUGAUUUCAUUUUAAAUUAAAGAUCUAAAGAGAAAAGGGAGAUCGUCUUCAUGCACAAAAGGUAGUAGCAAAGUCCAUAUCAGUGUUCCAUUUGUAACUAUUUCUUCGUGAUUACAUUUUGCAUUGAUUGAUAAAAAGAAGAAAAAAGCUAUCUUUCUUGCGGUAUAUUAAUAGCUCUUCAUAAGUUAACCUCUCUUCCAUCUAUUCUAGUGCUUCAAUCUUGGGUUACUCAAAAGAUAUAUUCCAUUUAGAGUCGAGUUCGAUGCAUGCAAGAGCUGAUUUCCUACGUUCAUCGAUGUGUUGAGAAAGGAUGAUAAAGCCGAACCAGCUGCUGAUAUGGUUUGUACAACUGAUGAUCUACUGGAAUGGAAAGAUUUCCCUAAAGGCCUUAGAAUUCUUCUCCUGGAUGAAGAUAUCCACUCCGCUGCCGAGAUAAAACUAAAGCUUGAACAAAUGGAUUAUAUCGUGUCUGCAUUCUGCGACGAAAAUGAGGCCAUGGAAGCACUUUCAAACAAAUGUGAGAGCUAUCACGUUGCGAUUGUCGAGGUCAGCACAGGGAAUAACCUUGGGAGUUUCAAGUUUUUAGAGAAUGCGAAGGACUUGCCCACCAUCAUGAUUUCAAGCACUCAUUGUGUAAGUACAACUAUGAAAUGCAUUGCGUGUUUUUCAAAUUUUCAGCUUGGUGCAGCUGAGUUUCUUCAAAAGCCACUAUCAGAAGAGAAACUAAGAAACAUAUGGCAGCAUGUUGUUCAUAAGGCCUUCAAUGCAGGCGAACAUUCUCUCUCAAAAAUGUUGAAUCCCACAAAAGAAACCAUACCUCCUGUUCUUCAACUUCCAGUAGAGAAAGACGAAAGCAAGGUUCAGACAUCGUUGGUAGAAAUAGAGGAUUUAACCAGAAGGCAUGAGCUCCAUCAUGACCUGUCAACCGCCAGCGAUAAAUUUCCUGCACCAUCAACUCCACAGUUGAAGCAAUCUGGAAGAUUAUUAGGAGAGAGCGAGUGCCAAGAACAACCAAAUUGCCCCGUAGAGAAAGAUCCAAUGGACCAUGAUGGGGAUGCAAAAUCUGUCGAAAAUUCAUGUAAUAUUUCAAUAGAAAAUAUUACGGCUAAGGUAGAUAGUUCAUCAAUGCUCGUUAAUGAUUCGAUCAAAGAAGUAGGUUCAACUAGUGGUUCCAAGUCCCCAAACCACUUACGUCCUGAACAAAAAAGUAAAGACAGCAUAAUAAACUCCAAGGUAGAGGCAGGAAAUCCAAAGAAGGCUUCUACUUCAAAUCAAAAUUCAUAUGUUACCAGAGCUAGUAGAAAGAAGAUGAAGGUGGACUGGACACAAGAUUUGCAUAAGCGGUUUGUGAAGGCAGUUGAGCAACUAGGCGUCGACCAAGCAAUCCCUUCCCGUAUUCUUGAGUUGAUGAAAGUUGAAGGAUUGACACGACACAAUGUAGCAAGUCACCUUCAAAAGUAUAGAUUGAACAGAAGACACAUUUUGCCCAAGGAAGAAGAUAGGAGAUGGCACCAUCCAAAAGACAACAGACAUUCCACACCGAGGAGCAAUUAUCAGCAACACAAACCCAUCAUGGCAUACCCUUCUUAUCCUCCUUCAAGUCACCCAAUCUGUCAUGUGUGGGGCCAUCCUAUUAGUCACUUACCUCCUCCUACAGCUCAAACGUGGGGUCAUCCUAGCUUUCCCGCGUGGCAGACUCCCGAAAAUUGGCAAUGGAAAACAUUUCAUGGGAUGCAUGUGGAUGCAUGGGGUUGUCCUGUGAUGCCACCAUCUCAAAAUCCUAAUUUUACCAUUCCUCAAAUGCAGAACAAUGCCUCAGCAGGUUAUCAAAGUUUACUAGACACUACAUUUGAAGAUAGCAGCAGAAUGGCUAUGAUUGAAUCUAAUCAACUGGCGGAGGAAGUAAUUGACAAAGCUGUGAAAGAGGCAGUAGAUAUGCCAUGGCUACCUUUGCCAUUAGGUCUGAAACCUCCAUCAACAGAGAGUGUUCUUUUCGAGCUACAAAGACAGGGCAUCUCCAUCAUUCCUCCUCAAAACCCUAACACGAUGUGGCAGUGAUACGACUCCACGUGAAGUUUUAUCGUGAUCCUGUCCAUCGCGUGUAGACAAGAUUAGAGUACAGUAGAUUAUCUACCGUUGAGGAUGAGUCAUGUAAAUGCUUUUUCAGCCAGAUUUGAAACUUGUGGUUCUUAAUAAAUGGUCGUAAGGGCCCACUGAGUCGAUCAGAAAUUCAGUUUUGUCGCUUUCAUGUUUGAGAUGUCGAGGGAUGAGGUUGGAUGGACCUAAUGCUGUUUGUCCGGGAAUCGAAAAAUUCUGUACGUGGCAGGGAGAUACGGUGAGUUGGCUUGAAAAGAGAAAAACAUCGUAGGAAUAGGCAGGGCCCUUCAGACUGUUUCAAAGUUAUCCCGCACUUAUUUUUCCAAGUAGACUCUGUGAACAGCGUUUCGUUGUUGAGGUCUCCAGUCUAGUUGCUCACUGGAUUGUAAUAGAAUCCUAUAUUAUUGGGCUUAAAAAGGCUUGGUUUUUUGGGGCUAUAUAGGGUCACCAAAUAUUAAUAGUGAACAUCCCCUAUCCAAAUAUUUAUAGAAUAUUAAUAAACUUGAUUAACAUCA